UCCUCCUUGGACUCAGUUCUGUGAACGUCGGACAGCAGCACAAGCGACCGGAGGAGAAACUUGAGACCAUCACCGAGAUCCGACUCUCAGAGGGUGUUCAACUCUCUGUGGAAAACUGAAUGAGACGCUUCAAAAGAGGGAAAAAAAAGCGGCAAGAGGCUUCAUGCGAUAGAGGAAGAUAUUAGAAAGUGUCAGAAAAAAGAGAGAAAAGGAGUGAUUGACACCUACCCUCCAGCUCAGUGUGAAGGACACGGAAUGGGAGAGUGAGAGGUGGGGGCAUGAAGGUGAGAAUGAAGACAACUGGAAAACAAGACCUGCAUUUCUGCAAACCCUGCUCAAAUUAGGACAUCUCUGCACAAGACAAGAUGAUUGCAAGAGUUCUGCUCCUAUUGGUUUUUCUUUGCUUGUGGAAGGAACUCACGGGAGGUGCCUUGUCCAGUAAGGCUGUUCGCAGGAGAGGCGCGGGUGGAUCGCACCUGGUGAAGCUAAGCGAGAGCAGAUCUGCUGACCACUGGGAUGCUAACGUGGAUCGGAAUGCAAUGCCCAUGGUGACCCUUAGAAAUCUGAUUAGUCAUGAGCAAGCAAGUGACACUGGGUCAUUUCCUCGCUCUAAAAUGCUGCAGAGUCAUCCCCCAUCAGUGGCUAACAAGGAGAAGCAGUCGUUCAAGCCCAAGCGCGAAGUUGACUCCGUCAGUAAAAGGGAGGUGACCACUUACAUGUUAGCCAGUAAUAAGGCAUUAAACCAGGAUGGAAGGAAAGUAAAAAACAAUACCAAGAGUACUGAGAUCUUCAAAACAGGAAGGUCAGAGAAAGCACUCAUGAUCCAUCACAAGUCAGAUCUCCACUCCAAUAGAACCAGGUUCAAAUCAGGCUCUAGGUCCAGGAGCAGGCCUGAGCCGAGUGUCCAUACCACUGGUAUGCCUGGUAAAGGGUUCGGUAUAGAUUCAAACCGAAAGCUUAACCUCACAGGUGGUUUUGGAGUACUGAAGCUGCUGUCCAAAGAGAACUUAGUUAGGAUUGUUAAUUCCCAAAUGCAAAGCAUUCCUAGCCUCAGCUUCCCAAGCAAGGGCAGUCGGAGUAGAAAGAGAGAUUUGAUUGACGUUAAUCAUGGGCAGUUAGAGGCUCAGAAGGUGCAGAGACAAGAUACAGCUGUCACUCAGUCUCACACUGGGUUUGAUAAUCAGACAGCAUUUCCGUAUGCAAGUCCAGUCACUCAUCCAGAUCUUAAUCAAGACCAAGCUGUUGAUGCUCAAAUUAAUCCUUUAAAUGGAGUCAAGCAAGCUUUAAGUAAAGGGCAGGGAAUACAGGAGUCUGAUAGUGAUGAUGGUAAGAGCAAACACCUUGUCCGUUUUCUGUCGUCACCUUGGAGUGGGGUGAGCCUUGGCUCGGAGAGAGAAGUGAUGGUCAGCCAAACAGAACCCCCAUUUACAUUGGCGAAACACACCCAAGUGCACGUUUCCUCCGAGACGAAUGAUUCUAUUCCACCAGUGCUGACAGGCCAAACCCUAGGAGGGAAACGAGGGAAUAGGCCAGCAGAUUCCCAUAGAGACCCAUUAACAGAGUCAUCUCACGGUGCUGAAAUAGAACCCAGCGCAGCUCAGAACCCUGGAAAUGAAGGCAACAAACUUGUCAACAGCAGUCAUGUCCUGAGGCUUCCCCCUGCCCCCGAAGGGAACCCCGGCACGAAAUACUCUGGGAUGCAAGCAGUCGACCCAGAAAAUGGAGACGGUCUUGUGUUUGAAGAAGCUGAUUCGGAGGUGGAGGAAGAAGCACAGGACCGUACGGAGGGGAAGGGGUCACGCUCUCGCAGCAGGAGGAGCUGGAUCUGGAACCAGUUCUUUGUGAUUGAAGAAUACGCCGGGCCUGAACCUGUGCUCAUCGGACGGCUCCACACUGACAUGGACAGGAAUGAUGGCCGCACUAAGUAUGUCCUCCAAGGCGAGGGAGCAGGCGCGAUCUUUGUGAUUGACGAGAAAACGGGUAACAUCCACGUCACCAAACCGCUGGACCGCGAGGAGAAGGAUGAGUUCCGUCUCGUCGCGACGGCCAUUGACAGGCUGACUGAACGUCCUCUGGAGCCCUCAUCACAGUUCAUAAUCCGGGUGCAGGACAUCAACGACAAUCCUCCUGUCUUUGAAGACGGUCCCUACAGCGCCACUGUGCCGGAGAUGUCGAACAUCGGCAUGUCUAUAAUCCAGGUGACAGCAACAGAUGCUGAUGACCCAACGUAUGGGAACAACGCCAAGCUUGUGUACACACUGGUGCAGGGCCAGCAGUACUUCUCCGUCGAUCCCCAGACAGGUAUUUUACGCACAGCAGUGCCUGACAUGGACAGGGAGACCCAGGACCAGUAUUUAGUGGUACUCCAGGCCAAAGACAUGGGGGGCCACCUGGGAGGAUUAUCCGGUACCACCACCGUUACUGUCAAGCUCUCUGACGUCAAUGACAACCCUCCACAUUUCGUCAAAAAGUCGUGGUCCUUCUCCGUUUCGGAGCUGGCCAUCCCGGGCGCCGAGAUCGGACGCAUCUCAGCGACCGACGCCGACCUCGGCGAGAACGCUAAACUGGGAUACAGCAUCCUGGAGUUGGAUAGUGGGGAUAUCUUCAACAUCACCGGAUUGAACCAAGAGGCGGUCAUCACGCUCAACAAGGCAGUGGACUAUGAGAGUCGGAGCUCUUACUCCUUCUCUGUGGAGGUCCUCAACCCAAUCAUCGACCCUCGCUUCUUACGUCGAGGUCCAUUUAAAGACCGCGCUUCAAUCCAAGUGGCAGUGCUGGACGCUGAUGAGCCACCCAAGUUCACCCGCUCCCGAUAUCACAUGGAUGUAUCUGAGAAUUGCCCGCCGGCCUGCACUGUGGGCAGCGUCAGUGCUUCCGACCCAGAUACUAGACUGACCAACAAUAUCAGGUUCUCCAUUGAUCCGCAGUCAGAUCCCGAGGCUUUGUUUCGUAUCACCCCAGACAGCGGCCUCAUCACCACGGCUGUGGAGCUGGACCGGGAGCGCGAGCAUUGGCACAACAUUACAGUCAUCGCCACCCAGAGAGACAAUCCAAACCAAGUAUCCAGAGUUCUGGUUGUGAUUGAGACAUUAGACCUAAAUGACAACGCACCCGAGCUGGACAGGCAAUACACAACAGCCAUGUGUGACUCCUCCUCCAUGGGACAGGUGGUGCAGGUGUUGCGGGCGAUUGAUAGAGAUGAGGGAGGGAAUGACAGCACCGUGUAUUUCAGCAUCCCCCCAGAGUCCGGCGCUGCCCUCAACUUCAGCAUCAGGGACAGUGGUGGCCCCACAGCCAGCUUGGUGCUGGUGUCCCAGCUCCUGCCACUGUCCCGCUCUUCGGCCUCCACCUUGACGCUCUACGUUCCUCUGGUGCUCAGGGACGGGACGUCCGGCCUCACCAGCACGGGGACGGUCACCGUGUCCAUCUGUCCCUGCCUGCGAGGAGGGGCUCGGGCCGGGGAGAAACAAAAGGACAAACAGACAGAGGCGGAGGGGGAGUGGGACUGGGAGAGAGAGGCCGUGUGUCUCCCUCAGCAGUCCAUGCUGCCUUCCCCGGGCCUGAGCACCGCCGCCCUGCUGGCUAUCCUGGCUUGUGUCGCUACACUACUGGCGGUGAGCGCCCUGUCGCUGUCUCUGCGCCGUCAGAAGCGCGACUCCCUGUCACCGCUGGAGGAGGACGACGUACGCGAGAACAUCAUAACGUAUGAUGACGAGGGAGGAGGAGAGGCUGACACGGCCGCCUUUGACAUCGCUGCGCUCCAGAGCGCCCCGCACAGUUCACGCUCCCAUGGCUACCGCACGCUAGACAGCAGAAAUAUUCGAUACACCCAGCACUGUCAAGACAAAGCUCGCAACUACAGUUGGGCUCAGAAUCCAGGUGUGGAUCAAAACCUCUCAGGACCAGGAGGAGCCCUUUACGGUCGUCUGUGCUACAGCAGCCACACGUUACCUGUUCUCCGCCGCGCGCCAGGUGGAACGUUUGACCAAGGCUUGGCGGAACUGGCAUAUCGCUUCCCCGGAGGCAAUCCGGACCACUCUUUAGUCAUCCAGAACCAGGGAGCCCUUGUGGGGGCCAUGGAGUCGGGAGCGGUGUACGUGGCUCCCACCGAUCUCAGUACGGGAAGCCAAACGGACAGUCGCACGGGAAGCCGGGAUGGGACGGCACCUCAAAGUGCAGUGAGCACAUCGGAUGGAGGGACGCCGAGGAUCAGUGACUACCAGGAGAGAGGACCCGCAAGUAACUGCACAGACGGGAGUGGUGAUGACAAAGGGAACCCCAACCAAGACGUGGACUGGGUGCAGUCGGAGACAUUGCCUAGGGAGCAUAACCUCGUCCUGACCCGGUCUGGCUCCGUGAUCGGCCAGGGUCACGGUGCCGGCGGCUGGGUGUGUGACUCGGCUACCCUUCCCCUGGCAGGUCGCCGGGCCUCGCGCGUUGGCUUGUCCCCAAAAAAUAAAAGCUUCAUUCUGGCUGACCCUGACUCCGGUGGAGGGGGAGGUGCGGGUGGCAAUGGGAAUCGGGGGGCUCCUACAGAUGGACAACAGCAACCUCUGAGUGGACGCAACUAUGCCACAGUUCUGCAGGGGGAAACAUCUGGACCAAGGGACUACCCCGGCAGCCUGGGGAGAGGAGGACUGGAGAUGGGGAGCAACUUUGUCGUGGCGAGGCCAGACAGGGAGAAUGGAGGGAUAUCAGUAACGGGGACCUCAUCCGUCUACUCAGAAGCAUCUGGCUUCCUCGGGGACUGGCGUGAUCGAGUGGGUCUGGGAGGGUACGUUUUGGGGAGGAGGGAUAUGAGCCCUCAGCUCUUGCCUUUCCCGGGGCAGCCGCGGGGAGCGUACGGUGGAGUCAUGGGCUACGGCCCUAGUUGGGUUCCUGGAAUGGAGGCGGCAAGAGGGCAGCCGGGGGCCGGGGGUCCUUCCUUGGCACUGAGGGUGGGAGAGUUCCUACGGCUACGCCUUGCCCAGGUCACUUUUGACCCCUCGCAGCCACCGUACGACUCCGUGCAGGUGUACGGCCUGGAGGGGACCGGGUCAAGGGCUGGAUCCCUCAGCUCACUCGAGAGCGAAGGAGAGAAAGAGGAUUGGGGGGCAGGACUAGAAGAGUGGGGUCCCCAGUUUCAGAAAUUAGCCCAGCUCUUCAAAGACAGGGAUAAAGAGAGGGAGGACCAGGAAAACACUGAAGAGGUUGCCAAAAAGGAAAGGGAGAAGAGAGAUGACCCGGAAAACAACGAGAAGAAAGAGGGAGGUGAGCAGGUUGAACAUGAAGGGGAAGACUGAGGAAGAAGACGAAAAAAUAAAACAAGUACGGGGCAAAGGAGGUAGAGAGGAAGAGAGGAAUGGGAAGAUGAUGAAAAGGCAACUAGAGUUAGAAUAAUGUGAAGAGAAGUUAAAGGGGAGAAAGAUGAAGAGGAAAAGUAAUAAAAACAGACAGAGAAAAAUGAGCCUAGGGAGGAUGGAGAACGCGAGGGCAGGAGAGGGAGUGAUUGAUGUAAUUUAAAGCAAUAAGUGUUGAAACGCUGAUACGGUUGAGCACAGAUACUGAGACAAUGCAGAGGCUGCUGCGGCUCGGGGCACCAACAAUUUGUUGUUCCUUGGACAAAGAAAAACAACUCCAAACAUCCCAGACUCAAUUUAAUUCAGUUCUCAUGUAUGGAAUGAGAAACAGCAGGGAACAAGGAGAUGUUCCUCGCUGUGCUUGCUAUAGCCUGAACAUCACGUUGGUGUGUGAGGGAAUACGGAGAAUGAGAGCACAACCGCACUCUCUAUGUUCACUUGUUGGAGCGCGCUCGUGGGACUUUAAAUAGAGAUGGGUAAGUUAAAAAUCAUGAUACCCAGAAACGAUUUAAUGACGAGGCCGAGGACGAGCUCCACAUAAGCUGUGACACGGGGUUUCUGAAUGAUGUACAAGGGAGUUUAGAAAGUAGGGUAAAGGUGGAGGGGAUGACAUGAUUGGGGGUAAGAAGUUAAUAGGAUGGCAAGAAUGUAUGAAGACUAAAAUGAUCUCAUAAGUGGGGAAAUUGUACAGAACAUUGUCACUUUUUAGUCCAUCUGCAGCGGCAGAAAAGUGAAUAAUUCACCUUGCUACUCCAUUCCAAAUGAAAAUGAUGAAUCAUUUAAAUCCUGAAAAAGAUUCUCCCUCCUUUCAGCCCACAAGGAAAACAGACAUUGUGAAAAAUUUAAAUGAUUUAGGGAAAUCCCCUUCUCUCUGACCACCCCCACCUGCAUUUUUUUUUUCUAAUGCCAGUGAGUGUUGAUAUGUUUACAGAGUUUCACACGUAAGCACACACAGACACAAAAAGAAAUGAUUAACAUCGUAAGGCUUUGAUUGUACUACAGAAAAUUCCAAAAGCCGAGCCACCCACGACUAAUCUGCUUUUCAGAGUAAUUAUCACUCUUUUUAAGAUUAUUUCAAUGAUUUCAAGGUGGAAGUCUGCCGUUUUGUUUCAGUUUAAAUCACCCCCCUCCCCCACUCUCUACUGUAGUCUCAAAUUAAGCACCUUGCUGACAAAGUAUGCAUGAAUUUUUUUGAAUAAAAAAAAAAGAUAAAAAAAGAAAAGCGGGAAAAAUCUUCAAAAUGGCAAUCAGCUUCCACUUUGACACUCGUACUGCCCAAAUUGAAACAUUUCUUUUAAGGUCUUUUAACGAGAUCGUGAGGGAACAACGCCACAGAAACUCACACAACAGGCCUUGUGUUGCCGUCAGAGGUCAUAGCGCUGACGGGCUGGAGUUUUCUGCUGGAAUGCACUUUUAUACAUGUGAUGUUCAUUAAUAGAUCAUGGAUAAUGUCACAAAUUGCAGAUGUUUUAUAAGAUGUCAAUGAUAAAUGAUAAAAUGUCUGACUGUAUGUAAAAUCAUGUCAAAUGUAAAUACCACUGAAUAUUAUUGCUAAAUAGAGUAUAUAAAAUAAAAUUUAAAAAAAAGAAAGAGUUUAAAAAAAAAAAAAAGAAUUUAGAUGUCCAAAUGGAGCCAUGUGGGGACUCUCUGUGUGUACUGUAGAUUAGAAAUGGGUCAUCUGAGCCGGACUGAAAAACAGCACCAUGUAUUCGACAUCUGUAUGUGGGUUUGUCCUGUAGUAGCUCUGGUCUUGAUGUGGACAAGCUAAGGAUUACGUUCUACAUGUGGCCUCGGGCAGAAGCUUGUUGUGCAGAACCGUAUUGUUGUUACAGGAAGCCCGUCGGCAAGCCUGUCCCAGUGAGGAACCAAUUUGACGAAAAUCCUGCGGCCUGAGAGGAAAUUCCUUUCAAAGGCGGACAAAUCAGCAAUCAUUUCCCCCCUAAAAUCUGUAUUACAAUUCUUCAAGGUAAAAUAAUUGAGUAUGUAAUGACUUUACUAUGCCUGAGAGAUAUGGAGGUUUUAUAGAUAGUUACCUCUCUUUGGGAAUUUAAUAAAAGUGUACA